AUGGUUUCUCGAAGCAUCCUCGCACUCUGCCUUGCGGCAACCGUUUAUGGUCACGGCGACCACGACGACCACCAGAAGUCCAUGUCCGGACCUCACCAGUCCCUCUGGUAUAACACGAUUCCGGGUGACGGCGGUACUCAGGCCGACUCUGUCUUCUCGGGCAUUUCCACCUUUGGACGCCUGCCGUACCAGCCGUGCCUCGGGGCAAAGAAUGUCAAGUAUGACAUUGCCUUCAUUGGAGCGCCCUUUGACACUGGUACUUCGUACCGCCCUGGUGCCCGUUUUGGCCCGUCAGGAAUUCGUCAGGGCUCACGCCGCCUGAACCUCUAUUGGGCUACUGUCCUAGACUGCGGAGACAUUCCGGUCACAUCGUACGAUAACACGUGGGCUCUGCACCAGAUCGAAGAGGGACACUUUGAGAUCCUUUCACGCCAGCCUGCCACAGAUGCGGCGAAGAAGGGACCUGCGAAGAACGAGCGCACCCUGCCUCGUGUCAUCACUCUGGGUGGCGACCACACUAUCACCCUGCCCCUGCUGCGCUCUAUCAACCGUGCCUACGGUCCCGUGUCUGUCAUUCACUUUGACAGUCAUCUUGAUACUUGGCGCCCCAAGGUCUUUGGCGGUUCUCCCUCAGAGGUCGCCAGCAUCAACCACGGCACCUACUUCUACCAUGCCGCUCAGGAGGGACUGCUGCGCAACGACUCCAACAUCCACGCUGGUAUCCGCACGACGCUCAGCGGACCCAGUGACUACGAGAACGACGGAUACUGCGGCUUCGAGAUCGUUGAGGCUCGCGAGAUUGACAAGAUUGGCACGGACGGCAUCAUCAAGAAGAUCAUUGACCGUGUCGGCACAAAGAACCCUGUCUACCUUUCUCUGGAUAUCGACACGCUUGACCCUGCAUUCGCUCCCGCUACUGGUACCCCUGAGACGGGUGGCUGGUCCACUCGCGAGCUUCGCACCAUCCUUCGUGGGUUGGAGGACCUCAACCUCAUUGCUGCUGAUAUCGUGGAGGUUGCUCCUGCUUACGAUACGAACGCCGAGCAUACUACCAUGGCCGCCGCUGAUGCGCUUUAUGAGAUCAUGAGCAUCAUGGUCAAGCGCGGCCCUCUCAGCGCCAUGGUGAACCAGACUGAGGUCUACGAGGAGCUCUGA